CUGUCCCCAGCCCCUGGUGGUGGUCUCCAGAGCUCAAGGAGGCAUCUUACUUUUAACCAAGGACAGGGAUGGCACCGUCACCGCCGAGGAGCUGGGCACCGUCACGCGCUCACUGGGCCACAACCCCACCGAGGCUGAGCUGCAGCACACCGUCAGUGAGGUGGAUGCUGAGGAACCUGGCAGCGGCACCACUGGCUUCCUCGAGUUCCUCGCCGUGACGGCAAGCAGGACGAAGGACACAGACAGCGAGGAGAUGAUCCACGAGGCUUUGCGUGUCUUUGACAAGGAUGGGAACAGGUACGUCAGCGCAGUGAAGCUGCAGCGCGUGAUGACCACUGGGGAGAAGCUGACGGAUGCGGAGGUGGACAAGAUGACAGGGAGUUCAGCUAGAGGAUGA